AUGCUACCUCAUUUACACCAAGUUCCUGUUUUCUCUGAAAUAAGUAAAAUAUGGAGACAAAAUGAGCAACUACCAGCUGAUAUUGGAGACCAGGUCACCCAGCUAAAAGAAAAUACUGAAUCUUUCCCUCGACACGCUUUUAACAUCCAUCAUCUUGGUGUACCAGUAGCACAAGGCACUGCAGGGAAUGCUCUAUAUCUAGAGGCAAUUAUUCCACCUCAUACGGAAUCUAAUGCAUUAAGACUAAACGAAACUCGAGGUGUUCGACCUAGAUCAAAAAGCAAAGUAGCAACGUCGCAACAAACUGAAGCGAUUCUAGAUGUGGCAGAGAGAAAUACGUUCACGGAAUGUCAUCUUACAACUCCCAUUGGUACAAAUAAUGGCAAGAAAAAACUGCAUCCAUCAACACCACCAAAUGUAUUGUCUUUUACAGAUCAUAGUCCACAAGCUUCAGUAGACCAUACUAAGCACCAAGAUACCCAUACAGUCUCAAUUUCCAGACAUAAUACGGUCAGAGCUACAUUGGACAAAACAGGUACACCACCAGUACAUUUGACACCCGCUAUUUCACAGGUAGUAUCAUUGAGUACCAAGAAAGCGGGGGAUGGUAGACCUGUAUCUGCACUGAGAGUGCGCAAAACCCCCAGCCAAACUUCAAUGCCGCCAUCAACAUCUCCAUUGCCUUCCGGGUUGCCAUUUCAGCAGGAGUCGUCUAAAAGUACACAACCACAAACUGUUCAAAAAUGUCGCAGCAAAUCAAAUUCAAACGAUACUACUGUUUCUAUUCAUCGCCAAUCUACUGUUUCUCGGCCACGAUCACGAAGGGCGAGUGUCGGUACGGCUUCACCUUUUAAAACACCUUCCGAUCAUAGCCAAGAGUAUAUAUCUAGUGGAGAAAUUGAAAUAUAUUCUAACGAGAGUUUCCGACCGGUACAAAGGCAGCUGUCAGUUAAACGAAGCGAUCAGAUGCGAGCCUUGAUUGACAAUGCAAAAAGUACUAUUCAUUUCGACUCGCACUCGCAGGAUCGCUGCAGUAUAGCCUCUGAACCCAACUCUGGUCAAAUUCAUCCUAGCGUGCCUAACCAAGAUAAAUGUUCAACUCGCCAUCAUGAUCACAAAUUGUUAUCUAUUUCUUUGGCCCAUCCAAGUCAAAUCGCUGAUGUUGCAGAACAGCAUAUUGAGGAGUCUAAACUACAGUAUGAUGCAUCUGGAUGCAUCCAACCCAACAAAGGCAUUUCAAAAGAAUAUGAUAGUGGCUUGUCUAACCCUACACCCUCUGCUCCUAAUACUGUCAUUGCCCCAAUAAGCGAACUAUACGAGACCUCUACUCUUUCCAAGAUGAAAUUACGACGACCAUUGAUGAUUGGAAAUAUUUUACAAGAUCUACAAUUAUCACAUAUAUCCUCUGAAGCAGUUUCGCGACGGCUUUGUCUCAUUCCAUCCAAUGUCGUAUGCACAGAUAAAUCUCAAAGCACCAUUCAAGAUGGUGUAAAUAUGCAGCAUAACGUGCCAAGCCAGCGAAUGAUGGGUGAUGCACUUUCACCUGGCACAUCAAAUGUAUUCAAUGAUACCACCAUAUUAUCCAAUCAUCAGCCAAACCGCACACAUAUCAUUUCAAAUUCAUCCCUGUCAAAAGAUAUAUCACGAGUUAAUAGUACCAGCGAUAUACUUAAAAUGGAAAGAAACAUGGGCUAUAUAGUUCCUGCUUCUCCGCGGAAAAGCAUCAGCAGUCAAGAUAGUUCAGACGCAUAUAAAAAAACAGACUUUGUAUCACCACAUGCGCCAGAUGUUAGUCACCAUACAGCUAGUGACAUUCUACAUCGUCAUGGCUCGGUGAGAUCACGCAGCACAACAUCUCAUAGGUCUAUUGAUACUAAACCAGAGCAAUUGUGUGAUUCGAUACAUAUACCCCAUCCACCACAAAACCAACCUCUACAGCAUAAUCGUUCCACAUCUGCUCAUAAAUUGGUUCGGUCACGUAGAGGGUCGGCAAGCAGUAUAAAUGAGUCAUUUUCUACAAUUCAAACAUCAAAACAAGAGCACGGACUAGAUUCAGUCUCGCACGAGAUCCUCGUGUAUGGAUCGUAUAAUGAAUCCAUGAGUUCACAACCAGAAAAUUUCAAGUCUUCGGUACAUUCGCUUUUGCCACAAGUUGCAGAAGUUUUAAAUAAACCAGCAAGACCAGUACCUCCUGCCCUAUUAGCCAAAAUAGAGCAUUUGCGAAGUGGACAUGCAAGUGGUGUAUCAGCUCAUUUACAACCACAUCAAGGUUCCAAUGGGUCGGAUUACCAUACAUUAAAGCCUUCAUCCAAUUUAAUGGACGAAUUUAUUGAGGAAAAUGAGACAGAUCUUCAUGCAUUUCAUACUCAUAAAGGGGUUGUUGUUGAGCAGCCAAAAGGCCUUAGUGCUAUUCUCCCUCGCUUAAAAUGGCGGCGACUAUUUGUUGUCUAUUUGCUAUCGAUACGUUUAUGGAAGAGUGGAAAAGCGCUACUUGAACCACUCAUUCAAAUCAAGUAUGCAUCACAAACACAACAGAACGAUACAUUGCUGUCUAUGCUUAAAACCCAUCAAGGAAAGGUUGAUUUGGACUUGUCUGGGCAAAUUCAGGAACUAUUGCGUGGUGAUCGCAAUCCCAAGGCUACAGAAAUACUUGAGCGACUUUUGACAAUCCGCAUAAAAGCCAUGCAGCGGUAUACCAUGGACCAACGACUUAAAUUCUGUAAAAUUAUGAAUUAUGCUUGCUUUAAUGGAAACUCCCUCGUUGUUAAAGAAGGCAACAUAUCCAAGUCUUUUUACUUUAUGCUUAGCGGGCAAGUUGAAAUAUUUAAAAUGAAAGACAAUAAAAAGUACCGACUCAACACCCUCAAUGCCGGCGAAAGUUUUGGCGACCACACGAUGAACCUGCUAAAUGAUAAACGCACUGCUUCUGUAGUAACAACUAUGACUUCUGAAUUUUUAAUUAUAGACAAGGCGGACUUUUUCGAUAUUACAAAUGUUUGGGAUGAAAAGAAUAUGUCGAAUCAUAUGGCCAUCAUUUCUCGGAUACCUAUUAUGGAUGCGGCUGGUGGAGGCUUUGUAGAGCGUAUCAAAAGCUUUACCCAAAUUAUUACAUACGAGCCAAACGAAAUGAUUAUUUUAGAGGGAUCAUCCAACGUCAAGGUGUACUGGGUCCUCAAAGGCACAUGCAAAUGUGUAAAACUUGUUCCAUUUAUCAAACGGCACUUGGGGACGACAUACGAAUCUGGCGAUAGCACUGUUCUUGCCCCAUAUGAUCCAUCAUCACCUCCAGUUUUGGGAAAAGAUGAAGAGAUUGUCAAACAGCUAUUGCAAAUCCACGAGUUUGAGUUUGGUGAGCAUUUUCCAGAUUUCCCGCCCCCGUCUGAUGGAUACAAUGAUUACGUGUCUUCGUUUGAUCGGUUUGACAAGGUUGCCUAUACAAAAAAUCUUGAAAUUGAAGACAUGUCUAAGCCAAAUGCGGUGGCAUCAGCAUCGGUGGUAGCCAUUACAAAAGUAGAGCUCAUGUGUGUUAAUCGAGCAGAGUUUUCGCACGUUGCUCCAGAGCGAAUACUCCGAGAGCUAAUAUCUCAGGAUCAUAUUUUCAGUGUGCCGCUUCUUCAGUUGCAAGAUGCAUAUUUGGAGAAAAUUAAUUGGGCAAACUAUCGAAAAAAAGUGACAGACGAAGUGACAGGGCGACGAGCAACUAGAAAAUGA